CUCAGAGGCCAAGUUUUUACCUCUUUCCUAAAUACAUUUAACCUUUACACUGUUUACCUUCUCUAGUAAUGCAUUAGCUACCUUCCAUAAUUAUUAUCAAUAUUUAUUAAUUACACAAAGAGUUUACCUGAAAUCCUAAAUGGAAGCCUGCCUUCAUCUUAAAAAGGAAUACGAUGCCUGUUUUAAUGUUUGGUUUAGCGAAAAAUUUCUUAAAGGUGAUAGCAAUGAUGAGAUGUGUGCCCAACUCCUCAAAGUUUACAAAGCAUGUGUUGAGAAAACCAUGAAAGAAAAUCAUAUUGAAGUAAAGGAUGCUGAAAUUAAUUACUUGGGCACUGACAAAGAAUGUAUACCACCUUCACUCAACGAUAAAAAAUCUAAAUGAAAAUGCAUUUAUAAAAAAAAUAAUUUAUAUACAAAUGUAUCGGAAAAAAUAAUCUAUAAUUGUUGCAUUUUUAACGUUUUAGGGUUUAAUUUAAGGUAUUAUAGUCUGUGAUUUUGUUUUAAAAAAUAUAUUAAUAUUUAUUUACUUGAUUCACUGUUCAGUUUUGCACUGGAAUGGAGGGAUGAUUGAUUCAUUGAUAUAAUAACAUCAUUUCAUCAUUGAAAUACUAGUUAUGACUAAUUUUUAGUUGCUCUUAUUAACUCUUCAACACCUUCACUGUUUGAUUAAUAUUUUUUUAUUAGUCCAAUUUUAAACAAAUAUUAGUGCAAUAAAUAAAUCAAAAUGUUAUUAAA